UUCAAUUUUAAUUUUGAAGAAUUUAUAUUUUUUUUUGUAAAUAAAAUUACAAAUUACCAAAAAAAGAUGAAUGAUAAUAUAGAAACGAAAAAUUUACGUUUAAUAUUUAUUGGUGCCGGUAAUAUUGCCCAAUCAAUAGUCAAAGGAUUAUUAAAUUGUUCAUAUUUAAAUUCGAAACAAAUUUUCGUUUAUGCACCGACUGAAAGAAAUUCACAAAUUUUUCGGGAUCUUGGCUGCCAUUUUACAACAAAUGUACAGAAUGUUAUUUCAUUCGAAACUACCGAAUCAAAUUUACAUUUUUUAUUAUUUAUCUGUGUAAAACCAAAUAUUGCAAAACAAUCGGAAUUUUUAUCAAUGUUUAAUGAAAUUUUAUCGAAAAAAUCAAAUGAAAAUUUCUUAAUUGUUUCGGUUAUGGCUGGUAUAACAUUAGAAUGGAUAGAAUCGAAUCUUACAAUUGAAAAUCGAUCAAAUUUUCGUGAUAAUUUAGUACGAAUAAUGCCAAACACAGCAAUCGAAAUUAAUAUGGGUACAAUUGGUGUCUAUUGGAAAUCAUCGAAAUCAUCAACAACAAAUGAUUUAUUGAUAAAAAAAUUAUCCGAAUUAUUAAAUCAAUUAGGUAAAUCGAUAAAAUUGGAUAAUGAAGAACAAUUACAUUCGGUGAUUGGUGUUGCCGGUAGUGGUAUUGCAUUCAUCCUAACAAUGAUACAAGGUAUGAUUGAUGGUGGUGUUGCUGUUGGUUUAUCAAGAAAUUUAUCAAGGGAUUUGGUUUUACAAACAUUUAUCGGUGCAGCCAAAAUGAUCGAAAAAACCGGAACAAAUCCAAUUCAAUUACGUGAUAAUGUUUGUUCACCUGCUGGUACAACUAUUGCCGGUGUUGAAAUAUUGGAACAAAAUGCUUUAAAUGGUACAAUAAUUCAGGCUGUUAAAAAAUCAGCUGAACGUAGUAAAGAAUUAUCUAAAUGAAUUUUUGUAAUAUCCCCGAACAAAGAUGGAUUAAUUUUUUUUCGGCUGGUUUUCUAAUAAAGUCUCUCGAUUUCAA